UAUGAUAGUUGUCAUGAUAUCAACUGUAAACCGCCUUAUUCAUUUCCUUCAUUAAUUUUUAUGGCUAUUGAAAACUCAUCUCGUAAAAUGUUACCUGUUAAAGAUAUUUAUACAUGGGUUUUGGAGCAUUUUCCUUACUUCAAAAGUGCCCCUACUGGUUGGAAAAAUUCCGUUCGUCACAAUCUAUCGUUGAAUAAAUGUUUUAAGAAAGUCGAUAGAGAAAAAGGGCAGGCGGUUGGCAAAGGGUCAUUAUGGUGUGUAGAUCAGGAAUAUCGUCCAAAUCUAUUACAAACUCUGAAGAAAACUUCGUAUAUG